AAGCAGACAAGCUUCUUUUACACUUUUUAUGGGGUCUCUCAACUGCUAAUUAAGGAGCCCAACAUUUUCCUUUUCUCUCAUCUCUACACUAAGCAUAUAAACAGCAAGAGAAGUCUCCACACACAUUGAUAGUGUCAGUGUCUGUAAGAGAUUGAAGCAGAGAUGAAGCAUUUUGCUUUACUGUUUCUUUUGUCUAUUUUGGUCCAUCAUGUCAGUGUGAAAGCUAAGGAUGAUUUUGUCAGAACCAGAGGCAUCCACUUCAUGUUGAAUGGAAGCCCUUACUAUGCAAAUGGCUUCAAUGCUUACUGGUUAAUGUACACAGCUUCUGACCCAUCUCAGAGAUACAAAGUUUCAGCUGCUUUCCGUGAAGCAACAAGUCAUGGCCUCACUGUUGCUAGAACUUGGGCUUUCAGUGAUGGUGGUUAUAGACCUCUACAGUAUGCUCCUGGCUUCUAUAAUGAGCAAAUGUUUAAGGGGUUAGACUUUGUUAUAUCUGAGGCCAGAAGGCAUGGGAUUAAGCUCAUAUUGAGCUUGGUGAACAACUAUGAUAGCUUUGGAGGGAAGAAGCAGUAUGUGAACUGGGCUAGAAGUAAAGGGCAGUACCUUACAUCAGAUGAUGAUUUCUUCAGGAAUCCUGUUGUCAAGGGUUUCUACAUAAACCAUGUCAAGACUGUGCUUAACAGAUACAACAGUUUCACUGGAAUUCAUUACAAAGAUGAUCCAACUAUCAUGGCCUGGGAGCUUAUGAAUGAACCUAGAUGCACAUCAGAUUCUUCAGGGAGAACUAUUCAGGCUUGGAUCACGGAAAUGGCUUCUUUUGUGAAGUCCAUAGACAGGAAACAUUUAUUGGAGGCAGGGCUUGAAGGGUUUUAUGGACAAUCAACACCACAAAGAAAGCAAAUGAAUCCUGGUUUUGAUAUAGGGACAGACUUCAUUGCAAACAACCGAGUCCCUGGCAUUGAUUUUGCAACUGUUCACUGCUAUCCCGACCAAUGGGUAUCCAGCUCAAAUGAUCAAAAUCAACUUUCAUUCUUGAACAACUGGCUUAGCGCUCACUUCCUAGACGCACAAUAUAUGCUCCGGAAGCCAAUUCUGGUAGCAGAAUUUGGGAAGUCAUUCAAGGAUUCAGGUUACAGCAACUACCAGAGGGAUGAGCUCUUCAAUUCUGUGUACUACAAGAUAUACUUCUCUGCCAAAAGAGGCGGCGCAGCAGGGGGAGCUAUGUUCUGGCAGCUUCUGACGGAAGGCAUGGAGUCUUUCGACGAUGGGUAUGGAAUAAAGCUCGGUGAGAGUUCCUCUACUGCGAACGUGAUUGCUCAGCAGUCUCACAAGCUGUACAUGAUUCGAAAGAUCUAUGGGAGGCUCGCCAAUGUGCGGCGGUGGAAGAGGGCCAGAAGCAGAGGAUUUUCGCGCUCUGGAGGAAACAGAGGUGGGCAAAUUGGGAACUGAUGAUGGAAUUGUAUCCACCACAUGCAGUUCGAGUUAAUCUUGUUUGUGCUGGGAAGAUUUUCGUAGAUCGGUUUCUCUCUUUGAGAUGAAUCAGAAUGUUUUUCCAUCCAGGAGGGUAACUAAGUUAUGUAGAAGUGUGUUCAUACUUUCAGCUUCUCCCUUGUUUAACUGGGAUAAAAAGCUGCUCCUUAGUUUUUCAUUGUCAUGUACUAGUUUGUUUUGCGAAAUCAUCAACAAAUGUAAGUGUGCUGUUGUUUUUA